GCUGCAACUUGUUCUUGCCUUUUUCUUUUAUUUUCUUCCAAACUUACUCUCUUCUCUUUUCGCUUCUUUUUCCUGGAGUUUCAGAAGAGAGAGACUGUGUGUGGCGGUGUUUGUGAAGAUGAGGAGGUGUGAGUUGUGCAGGUCGGUGGCGAGGAUGUAUUGCGAGUCGGAUCAGGCGAGCCUGUGCUGGGACUGCGACGCCAAGGUUCACUCAGCGAACUUCCUCGUCGCCAGGCAUUCGAGGACGCUUCUCUGCCACGUCUGCCAGUCGCCGACGGCGUGGAGUGCUUCCGGCUCGAAUCUCGGGCCGACGGUCUCGGUCUGCCGGAGUUGCGUGGAGCACGACACUAAGGGAGUGGAAGAGAAUAGAGAGGAGGAGAGACGAGGGAGCAACGCCGGUGAAGUUGACACUGAAGAUGGCGAUUAUGACGACGACGACGAGUUUGAUGAUGAAGGAGACGAGGAGGAUGGGGAUCGGGAUGAUGAUGAUGAUGAUGAGGAGGAGGAGGAGGAGGAGGUUAGCGAGGAUGAUGAGGACGGCGAUAAUCAGGUCGUGCCGUGGUCAUCUACGCCGCCGCCGCCGCCUCCGGCUGCAAGUUCCUCAAGCAGCGAGGAGUCGUCUAGCAGGUUCUGUAACGGCGAUGGAGCAGUUUCGUUAAAGCGGUUCCGCGAUAAAGCCACUGAUCUUCGCUCCGAUGAUGAUCAAGGUUGUUCAUCUUCGCACCGCAACAGUUCGCCGUCGGCGACUUGGUUCGCUGGAUACAGCGAAACGGCCUUUCUGGAUUCAUUGAGGCCUUUGAAACGCUUAACAACUGAUCCCGUACGCGCUGCUAUGGUUCAGGCUGGACCGGCCGGUUCAAGAACCGCAUCUCUCCUGGACUCCCUGAAGAAAUUUCGUGGACAAAACUUGACAUCAGGCAACGACGCGUCCUCAACAAUUGUUGAAAUUUGUGAGCUAAGUAAGAAUUCGGCAGCUGUCGAUCUGGACUCGGCUGGGAUGCCAUAGCCUUCUGAUUUGAGGAAAUCUGUCUGCUUGCUACCUCUUCCGGAUUUUGUUAGGCUGUGCCUUUUAAGCACUCGUCAAGAGCCAGGUUUUCAGUGGUGGGAACUCUCUUUUCAGAGAGAAAGAAUUUAGUCCCUUGGAAUCGAACCGAGUCCUUUCCAUCUCUCUCUCUCUCUCUUUGCCCACCCCAGUCCCCAUACUGUGAAGGGAAUGGAACUUUCAAUGUACCAUGUCCUGGAUGAGGAGAUAGAAAUGGAGAGUGCCAGUCAGCAUAAAUCCAAGAGGUGGAAUGGCUAAUUUUAGGACACGGUAGCAUCCAUCCACUAUACAAUGUAUCUGGCUAGGGACCCCCUCACCCAUCCUCGCCCUGUAUCUAUAUUUCUCUUUCUGUGGGCUCUAAACAAGGAGGGUUGCGGCGUUCGUUUUCUCCUUUUCUUGGGAGUGCCUUAAUUCCAAUGCAUGAACCUACCCAGUCUUCCUAAAGCAACCGUGGCGAUGUGGUCACCAUAACAUUCCAACGCUGACCUCCGUGGCACAGCCCGCUCUCUCUCUCUCUCAAUCUUUCCAAAGCAGCCGUGGCGUUGUGGUCGCCAUAAAUAUUCCAAGUCCGACCUCCCUGGCACCACAUACUCCGUCUCUCUCCGUGUAAAAGAGUCAAAAAGACGACAAAUUGCGUAGUGAUAAUAGUAUUCUUAGUUUGGGCUUAAUAAUUGAAUCAUGGUUUCGUUGUUUUGACCUUUUUUAUGGGCUUACUAAAUAGGUAAUUAGCAGUGUGGGAAUGUUGGGUAAAUACACCCUGGCU